CCCCAGACUUGUGAACCAAACAGCUCUACAGGGGGAACGACUCUAAUCUAGAUUCUGGUUCAUGCCGAGCUUCAGCAGCGGGGGAAGGGAACCGUGAAUGCUGCUCUGUCCUAUCCUCUGGGAAAGAGAGGGCUAAAACUGCUGCCGCCUCUUCACAGACUCAGCUAGGAACCCCCCAGCAUUACCUCAUCAAAUUCCCAUUGCGUCGUAUUACGGUAUUAUAUCUCUAUUCCGGGAUUUGAUGAUAACAAAACCACACAGAAUGGCGGCGAUGGAACUCACUGCGUCUGUGUGAGUCCAGUUGAGAGGCAGUGAAAAUCAUUUGAUCACAUCAGAAGUUAUUUUGAGCAUGUAAACAUUCGAGGAUGACAUGGCAGAGGCGCCGAGUGUAGCAGGAACUAAAGGAAUCGGGGCGCAGGUGUAUGAAGAUGUUUCCCUCUAUGAGGAAUAUGAGUGUAAAAUAUGCUACAACUACUUCGACCUGGACCGUCGCACGCCCAAAAUUCUGGAAUGUUUGCACACUUUCUGUGAAGAGUGUCUGAAUACUCUCCACCUUCGUGAGGACCGAGGAUGGCGCAUCGGCUGCCCUCUCUGUCGCCACCGGACCCCGGUGCCUGAGUACAGGAUACACAAUCUCCCCAACAACACUAAAGUUACCGAUGCUUAUCCAUUCUACAUCCAGGAUGACAGUCUUCCGCAGGACAUCCUGCCACCGUAUCCCCCUCCUUUGCACCCAGCGCUCACUGCCGCAUACCGCCGCGAGGUGGCGAACGAGGCAGCCGUAGCUGCGCAGGAACAGGCUAUCCCGUCUGUAGCUGUGGUCGGAGGUAAUGCCGCUGCGAACUCUUACGACAGUGCUGGAUACGAGAGCUGUCAGAACUGUAGGCGCAUCGUGCUAACCACAGGCUGUGUGUGCGCCAUUUUCGGCUUCGUCUCCAUGCUUGUGCUGCUGUUUCUGGGACUCAUAGUCGUGCAUAACUUCAACAACCCUCCGUCUCCAGUCGGCCCUAUCUGUUUGUCUGUAGCCAGCAUCAUGGCCAUGUUCUCUGUUGUUAUGACGUGGUUGGUGUGCUGGUUGAGAUAUAGGCCUGACCCGGAACCCGGGCGUGCUGCCUCCUCCAAUGCCAGCAGGAGACAUGUAAAUGUUUUAUGAGAUUACAUUUAAAAUGUGUUCACUUCGUUGUAUUAAUUUAUUGACGUGUCAGUUAUUAAGUGUAGGGUAUACUAUAUAUACUCAAGUUUGUUAUACACAGUAAGUAAGCCAUGAUACACUCCUUUCGGUAGUCUGGUUGACAUAGAAGGGGAGUGUAUCACAUGCUAGUGAUCCCAUAUUAUUGCACCAAUUUAAUUGUGUAAAAUCUCUGCCCUAUUUAGUGUUGCAUCACAUUGUGUUCCUCAUCUGCCUCUGGUGGGCCUGUCAUAUCACCCUGCAUGUAGGCUAGGUCUUGACUCAUAGUCAGAUUGUGUGUUCUUCUGUGUCAAAUGUGUCGCCCAUAUUCACAUUAACCAAAGAAUAAAGCUAGUGAACAAGUGUCAUCUGCC